AUGCAGGAAAUAUUGCUCAUGCCGGAUAAAAAGCACACCAAAAACAAACCGCAGCGCUGUUCCGAAGCACACCACAACAUUGCUGGCUCUAAGUGGCGAAAUGGGCUGCAGGAUGAUGCAUGUGGGACAUUUCAUAUAUAUUAUUUACUCUGUACGGAGCAUUGCAGCUGGAUUGUCUUUGAUAUUGUUGAACAAGCAAGCAAACUGUUUUCUUGCAACAACCCGCCCCUCUCACAAGUUUUGCGGCAAAGACAAGAAGCGCCGGCCGAACCAGUCUUGGGGAAGAUGGAGCUCCCGGUCGCCAGACGCAGAACUCUAACUGGAGCGCUUGAGGCGCUUUUUUCCAAAAUUCCAAAUCUGCAAACGAAGCAAACUGGCUUGCGUGGAGAGCUCCGGACCCCUGUUGGCGCGGGAUCGGCAGGACAGGGUUCACGGGAAUGGCUUCCCACCAAGGGGGGGCUUGGUGAACCCGGCGGACGGAAACUGGGAUCGAAGUUGCUUCACGGACGAGAUGAAGUACGGGGUAUCCGCUCAACUGCGGCAGCUCAUGCGCGAUUUCCAACUGACACACGGACGAGGCCCGUGUCACGAUAUGAUGGAGCAUCCCCAUCCGGCUAA